CGCCAUAGAAUUCCCCGUUGCCAUGGCUCCCGGAUUGCGUCCACACACAGAGCCGCUGCUGUGAGGGCUGAAGGGAAUUCUGCGGUCUCUGGAUUUCCCUGACCAGUGAUCCAGAAAAGCACCAUGGGCCUGAUCACAGAAGAUCUUAUUAGAUGCAAUGCUGAGCACAACGACUGUGUCAUUUUUUCCCUGGAGGAACUUUCCUUGCAUCAGCAAGAAAUAGAAAGGCUAGAACAUAUCGACAAAUGGUGCCGGGAUUUGAAAAUUCUCUAUCUUCAAAAUAACCUCAUUGGAAAAAUUGAAAAUGUUGGCAAACUCAAGAAACUUGAAUACUUGAACUUAGCAUUAAACAACAUUGAAAGAAUUGAAAAUUUGGAAGGAUGUGAGUGGCUGACCAAACUUGACCUGACUGUAAAUUUCAUUGGUGAGUUGAGCAGCGUUAAAACCCUGAAGCAUAACAUCCAUCUAAAGGAGCUCUUCCUCAUGGGUAACCCGUGUGCUGACUUUGAUGGCUACAGGCAGUAUGUGGUGGUGACCUUACAACAGCUAAAGUGGUUGGAUGGCAAAGAAAUAGAGCGUUCUGAAAGGAUCCAGGCAUUGCAGAACUACCCAGCAGUUGAACAGCAAAUCAGAGAGCAGGAGAAAGCUUACUGCCUUAGACGAGCCAAAGAGAAAGAGGAGGCUCAGAGGAAACUCGAGGCGGAACAAGAAGACAAGAAAAAAAGCUGCCCAGGCUUUGACGGGCGUUGGUACACAGACACUCAAGCUAUUUGCCCAUCUUCUAUAGAGAACAAAGACCAUCUCCAGGUACCAGAAACACAAGAAGAGCACAGCACAAAGAAAUCAGACGAAAGUGAAGAUGACUUGGCAUUCUGGAACAAACCCUCUGCGUUCACUCCUGAAUCUAGAUUGGAAACUCUUCGACACAUGGAGAAACAACGUAAAUCCCAAGAUAAGUUAAGUGGAGAUAAGAAGAAAGUGAAACCACCCCGGACUUUGGUCACUGAAGAUGGGAAGGUCCUGAAUGUCAAUGAAGCCAAACUUGAUUUCUCUUUGAAAGAUGAUGAGAAACACAACCAGAUCAUCCUGGACCUGGCUGUCUAUAGGUACAUGGAUACCUCGUUAAUUGAGGUUGAUGUGCAGCCAACUUAUGUUCGAGUAAUGGUCAAAGGAAAGCCAUUUCAGCUUGCCCUUUCUGCAGAGGUCCAGCCUGACAGAAGCUCUGCUAGAAGAUCCCAGACAACAGGGCAUUUGCUGAUCUGCAUGCCCAAGGUAGGAAACGGCAUUUGGACAAGUUUCAAGUCUGAAUAUAUGCACAUUUGCCAUGGCGUGGAUGAGCCUGGAGGAUAUUAUGCUAAGCGAGACAGGACAGGCAAAGAAAGGACAAGCACAAGCUUCCUUAUAUGUGGAAUGUUUCUGAAAAUCAAAUAUGCAGAGAUAGAAAACAAAAUGAUGGUGAAGAUGGAGGUAAAUAUGGAAUGUAAUAUUAAUAUUAACCUCCUCCUUGUCUUUUUCUGUUGUAGAAGGAAGCAGAUAGAAAGAUUAGAAGUUGAUCCCAGCAAGCAUUCCUGCCCUGAUGUAACUACUAUAGUACAAGAGAAAAAACGCAAACCUAAAAGAAUGGAAUAUCAAUCCCAAAUUGUACCCAGUGAGGAAGAUCUCUACUUUGAUGAUAACCCAGAAGUGCCUCCACUAAUUUGAAACAGGGGGCUGUGUUGUCAUUGACUGUGGCCUGAUCAAGCCAUGUUGCUUGGUGUCAACCAUGGAUGUGUGUCAUUCGUGGGAUAAACAUAGUUCAUUAUUGUUUUAUCUGAUGGUGUAACUCCUACUUUGCAUAGUAAUGUUCUUAAGUGAGUUUAAAAUUAAAUUGCAUACCUUAAAAUGCUAAAACUUAUCACUCAUCUAUAAUUAAGUUUAGCUAUUGAAAAUAUGCAGUAAUGUAAUGGAACUAUGACAUUCAGCAUUAAGAAUAAAUCAUUUAGUGCUUA